CUAUCAUUGUUAGCAUAUGCAGCUCGCUCCACAUUGUCCUGGUUUGUGCCGCGUGUUUGAGUGAGAGGUGAACGUUUGAGUGUUCGCAGCAACAAUGUCUUCAGUUCAGUCUCUGAGAGAGUUUAUCAGCGAGCGACUAACUGCUGCUGCUGAAGAAAUAUUCACAGAGUUUGAAAAAACCAUCGUCCAGUACGAGGAGGUGAUCGACCGUCAGCGCAGACUGCUGGACAUCAGCUGGAAACCUCAGAUAAACCCACACGCAGCAGGUCCAGAACUCCCACAGCACUGUGUCUGGAAGGAGGAGGUUCUCACUGACCAGCAGCUCUAUAAUCAGGAGAGCAACUCCAGUUUGGACCAGGAGGAACCAGAACCUUCACAGAAUGAAGAUGACCAGGAAGAACCAGAACCUUCACCGAUUGAAGAUGACCAGGAGGAACCAGAAUCUUCACAGAAUGAAGAUGACCAGGAGGAAAUCUGUUCCAGUCAGGAUGAAGAACAGCUUUCAUUGAAGCAGGAGUAUGAU